AACCUCCAAAAAUUCUUUAAGAAUUAGAAAUGGCUUCCAAAAGAGCUCUGGUCAUCCUGGCCAAAGGCGCGGAGGAGAUGGAGACAGUGAUUCCCGUGGAUGUCAUGCGCCGAGCUGGGAUUAAAGUCACCGUUGCAGGCUUGGCUGGGAAAGACCCCAUGCAGUGUAGCCGUGAUGUAAUGAUUUGUUCUGAUGCCAGGCUUGAAGAUGCAAAAAAGCAGGGACCGUACAAUGUGGUGGUUCUUCCAGGAGGCAAUCUGGGUGCACAGAAUUUAUCUGAGUCGCCUGUGGUGAAGGAGAUUCUGAAGGAGCAGGAGAGCAGGAAGGCUGCCAUCUUUGCAGGUCCUACAGCUCUGCUGGCUCAUGAAAUUGGUUUUGGAAGCAAGGUCACAACACACCCAGGGGCUAAGGACAAGAUGCUGAACGGAAGUCACUACAACUACUCAGAGAGCCGCGUGGAAAGGGAUGGUCUGAUCCUCACCAGCCGAGGGCCGGGGACUAACUUCGAGUUCGCACUGGCCAUUGUGGAGGUGCUCAUCGGCAAGGAGGUGGCUGACCAAGUGAAGGCACCGCUUAUUCUCAAAGACUAGAGCCCAAGCCCUGGACCCCAAGGUCGAGGCAGACCAUUAGAAGCCAGUGCCUAUCCUCGGCCCAUGCUGUGUCCAGAAGCCAGUGAGCCUCGGGAACUAGCCUGUGACAUAGCCACCAUAUGGGCAUCCCACCCCGACGCCUAGGUCUGUA